AUGGAGGAGAUCGAGGCAGCGCUCGCCGCGUGGUGCAUCGAGAAGAAUGUGCCGUUCUCGUCGCUCGUGUUUACGGUCGAGACGAGACUGGCGCAGUUUCCGCACACACCGCUGCCACCCACGAGCGUGCUGGGUGAUUUCGAGGACCAGCUCAUCGACGAGCUCUUCACGCAGCCCGAGGUGCAAGACCGGCGUGAGCAGGACCGCACCCUCCUCCGCUCGCUGUAUGCGCGCUACCGCGCCGUGCCGCACAGCCUAACAGACGACCAGCUGGCGCUGAUCUACGCCGCACUCUGCAUCGCGCGGUUCAACCAGAUCCGCAACUCCAUGCCCGAUGGGUCGCACAUCAUUGCUGAGGGCGUGCCGCGCGAGGACGUGACGUACUACAAGAUGGCGUACUCUGCGCUCGCAAGUUGGCAGAAGCCGAGCUUGACGGCGCUAUGGGCAUACUUCUACUUGACACCCUACACGAUCGGGAACGGCGGGCCAGGCGAGACGCGCGACCUGUUAACGCAGAUGGCAUGGCAGAUUCGGCAACUCGGCAUCAACCGGCAGCAAACGGCCAACCUGUACACGGAGCAGGACCAGGUCGGGGCGCUCUUCAGCGCAUUCUUCUACACGGAAAUGUUCCGUGCGAGCUUGACAGACAUGUCGCUCGUCAUGCCGCUGUCCGAGAUUGAUGUCGACCCGACCCCACCGCCGUUGAUGUUCUCGCCGUGCCUUGCGCGAGGUUCCUACUUCACCGCCAAGCUCAUGGCGGACUACAAUGACCCGAGCGUCGACACGACGUCGUUGCAGUACAUCACCGCGACCGAGGCCCAGUGGAUGCCCUACCUCCGUGACAUCCGGCACAACAACCCAGAAUCGUCGAAAGCGAAGAGCGGUUGGGCGCAAUUCCGGUACAACUGGCUGCGUGUGCUGCUUUACAUUCCUCACAUCGGGCAUGCGCAGUACAGCACGCAGGCGUUCGGCGCGAUUGUCCGCGCGGUCACACAGAUCAUGUAUACGUACAACGACCUGAUCGCGGCCAAGCAGCUGAACACGUCGUGGCCGCAGGUGAAGCGGCUGGUCGCUUGUGGCCACCUGCUGAUUCUGAGCUACGAGGCCGGCGAAAUUCACCGCCGUGAGGCGCAGAGUCUGUUCCAGAUGCUCGUCGACCUCCUCGACAAGCACAAGGAGACGUGGCCCGUUUGCGCCGAUUUGAUCGCCGGAUUCGUGCAUGCCGCAUCGUGCUUCGACAUUGAGGUCGGGCCCGAGUUUGCGUUCCCGCCCCCGAUGCCGUUCUUCGGCGACCACCUCAGCAAUGGCAGCGAGGAGAACAACAUCCAUAUUCAGCAGAAUGGCCAGCCGCCGCUCCAGGCGCUGCUGCCGUUCGACCUCAGCUUUGCGUUUGACUACCCGACGUUCCCGAUGGGUUAG